AUGGCCGUCUUCUCCCAAUUAUUGGAGAUGGAUGAGGAAGAAGACCGAAAGAUUAGCUCAACGGCGCUCUAUAGCUUCAUUGAGAAGGGCGAAGAGCAGGUGGGCGUUAUGGAGUACUACUUCCAUCCGGGCGAUCAAGAGGAUACGGAUUCAUACUUUAUGCACUGUCCCGGUGCUGCCCAGCCCAUAGUGACUUUUCUCGGCGUCGUCCUUGAACGCAGAGGACAAUUGAACGACGGACGGAAUUUACUUCACUGUCGUCUUCAGACAACUGUUUACAACCCAUCAACUCGUACGCCUCAUACGUUUCCCAUAACCGCUUUCUUUAAGAACGGGCAGCGUUUGGCAAACUUCCCACCGCUCUAUGCCAACGCCUCUGUGUUUGUGACGGGUCGCAUCUUUGGCCUCACAAAAGAGAAUCGUCAGUUAGCUGUUGUGACAGAUGACAUCCAUUUCCUGCCAACAUCAACAAAUAGUCUUCCGCCAACCCCUUCUUCUGCGUCCGGAAAAAGAAAACGCGUUGACCGCUGGUCCCAAAGGGCUGGACCAACAACACCGUCCAAAUCCACGUCGGAAUCGCAUAACCCGCAGCUUGCAAAGCCCAUGACAGCGAAUACUCCUGUUGACGAAGACGAGGAAAGCACUCAGAUUACGUGGGCUGACACGUUGGACGAACCCGAGAGAUCACCACAAGCAAGCACCCCUACGCCAGAGAGACGUUCACAAAGGCCAAGGAUUCGAAAACUUAGGCCAUCUCGCAUUGCGGGUAUUAGUCAUUCGGAAGACUUCUUUUCAUUGGCUCGUUGA